GCAGCUCCAUCUGUCGGAUCACCAAUAAAAACUAAACGUAGCUGUACGUGCGAUGGCGAUGUGUGGAUUUUUUCGUUGGUUGGUGAUAUUUUUUGAUCACAAAACAAUUGCUAAUUAAAACAGAAGCCGUAUGAAUAAGAUACAGCCGUUACCGCGUCUGGUGAAUAGAGUGUAGUGUGUACGUGAAGUGUAUAUAAAAUAACAAACCGUGUGGUGAUGGAGGAGAGCACGGAGCCCCACAUGGAGACUGACGUUUCGUCCACCACUGGUGAUGUGCCAGAGAUGCAGGAGGUGACAGGCUCCGACGGUAACGUCGAGAUGAUCAUAGUAGUAGAGAAAAUGGAUGAUGAGCCUAGUGCUCAUACAGAUGAACAAACAGAAGAGCAACCGACGUCAGUCGAGGAAGAAAUAACUACAGUUAUAAUAUCUGAAGAGGAACCUCCACAGAAAGAGACAGAGAUUAUAAACUCAUCAGUAAGUUCUCCCACACCCAUAAAAUCUAUUGUCAAGACUCCACAAACAUCUCCUGUUAGGAUUCCACAAAAAUCUCCAGCAAAUAGUCCUGCAAAGUCACCAGUAAAGACGCCAUUAAAGUCUCCAGUGAAGAUUCUGAAGUCUCUAACAAACUCUCCAGUAAGGUCACCAGCUAAAUCUCCAACUAAAGAUGUAGAAAUAGUAAAUUCUCCAAGCAAGAUUGACACAAAAGAGACCCCAGAGGAGAGCACAACUAUCACUUCUCCAUCUCCUAUGGAAAUACAACAAGAAGAUGCUGUUGACUCAUCUAUUCCAGAACCUUCACCAAUACAAGCUGAAGACAAACCUGAUACAGAGAAAUCUCCAAGCAAAGAAGUACAUAAACCUGAUCAGAAGUCACCCAUUAAGGAGCAACUGCCUAUUGAGUCAGCAACAAAAGAACCUUUAUUGGUUGACAAAACAUCAGUUAAUGGCAAAGUCCAGAGCAAUAGCACUAAUAAAAUAGAUGACACAAACACUAUAAAUACAACUACUGCCAAUCCUGCGGAUAUCACUAUUGAAAACUCAAAUGACUCUCAAAUUGAAACAAUGUCUGACUUAUCAGAGAAAGAACAUAAAGGCAUUAGUAGAGAAUUAAAAUCUUUGAUUAACUCUGCAAAAGAGUCCAAGAUCAUCAGUGAAUGUACUCAGCUGACAAGUAAAACUAGGAAAUCUAGGUCUGCCUUAGACACUUCCAGUUCAAGCCUGAAUUCAUCUCUGUUAGAGCCUAAUAAGAUACAGGAUGCAAGAAGGAAUAGUAAUAACUCACAAAAGAGCAACUGUAGCGAGAAGUCUGAAAGAAUUGUCCUGAAGAGGUCCAUGAGGUCACAGAAUCCUGAAUUUGUAAGUAAGGUGAAACAGUUCCUAAACUCAGUUACAGGCAAGGGUCAAAAAGAUUCAGAUGAUGAAGAAGAUGAGGUGGAGAGUAAAGAAAAACCAGAGCAAUUGGAGCCUGCCAGAGGCACUCCACCAAAGGUCAAAAAGACUGAACAAAUGGUUGUAGAGAAAAGCAAUAAGCUUCGCAUGGACCCGUACUGCUGGCGGUGUCACUGGGCUGUAGAACAGCAGGCUAAUGAGAAGUUGCAUCCUCCAAUGCAUUGCACGGUCUGCCCGAGAUCUUUCCAUUACAAAUGCCUGACGGGCACCGAGAGGAACAAGAUUAAUGUGGAGAAGAACUGGGUUUGUCCAGAAUGCAUGAUUGUACUGCAAGCGGAAAGCUCAGAGACAAGGUCGCCAGCCAUGAAGAAGAUAUCCCUGGGCAUGCUGUGUGACCUACUGAAGCAUGCGCUGGAGAGGAUGAUGGAUCUCAAUGGGGUCGAGCCAUUCAUGCAAGCCGUAGACCGGGCAGCGUUCCCCGACUACGACAAAUACGUGGUUCAUCCUAUGGACCUAUCGCUAAUGAGUCAAAACAUCGGCGAGGGACUGUAUGGCAGCACGGAGGCCUUCCUAGCCGACGCUCAGUGGAUACUGCACAACAGUAUUAUUUUUAACACAUGCGAUAUGCUUUCAACAGUGCAGUCGAAGCUGACGGCCGGCGCCCGGGCGCUGGUCCGCUCGUGCCGCGCGGAGAUGGGCGAGAUCGAGGCCUGUCCCGAGUGCUACGCCGCCGCGCAUGCCCGCAGGCCCACGUGGUUCACCGACGUCUGUACCACGCCGCAUAUUCUGUUUUGGGCGAAGUUGAAAGGCUUCCCCUACUGGCCAGCAAAAGGCAUGUCGGUGAACAGUGCAGGUUUGGUCGACGUGCGGUUCUUCGGCGCCCACGACCGCGCCUGGGUGCCGGCUAAAGACUGCUUCCUCUACUCCGAGAAGGAUCCAAAUAACUUUAGAACUAAGAGACAGGAUAUUAUUGAUAGUAUGAAGGAAGCAGAGCAACACAUUCGCAAUAUAUCGAGAAAGUACGGGAGGUUCGUUUACCCGCCUUUCAAGACACAAUUCGAUCCCAGCAAAAUGAAUGAGCAACUCAAAAUGAUGAUACCUACAUUCGAGGGAGAAGUGAGAUCGCUAGUGAAAGAGAAAGCGUCGCCGGUCGUCGCCAAGAAGAAGAGCAGGUCCAACUCCAAGAGCUCAAAGAGUUCAUUUAACGACGGGUUGCGACUCCAGUCGGAUAGUUCGGAUAGUGACGGAGAAGAACUAAAGCGACUGUAUGACCUUCUCAACAAAGACAGUGAUGUAAGUGAAAGUGAAGAUACAAACAAUGUGGAGUCGCGCAAAAUGGCGGACGGUGCCGAAAUAGCUAAAAUGGAGGAUGACGAUACUACUGUAGACAAGGAAAUGGAAGUCGAUAAGCCAGUAGUCAAAGCAAAAGACGAUGCUCAGUCAUCCAGUGCAACCAAUUCUAGAAAGCGGCGCAGAUCUGAGCUCGAGGAAGCUGUCAUCACUAUCAUAGAAUCCAGUGGUGUCAACAGCAGUAGUGCCAAUGAAAAACGAAGGAAACUCGACGAACAGCCUACUGAAGAAGUUAAGACUGAUGCUGCUGAACCUAGCAGCAGCAAGGAGGAUGAUAAACCGACCUCUGACAAACCUGCAGAAACUACAGAAGAAGCAACUCCAACUAAAACAAAUGAUGCACUGACUAGGGUCAAAGAAAAUGAUCCAACCAGCAGUACUGACAAAGAUAAAGCCCAAAGAGUAACGCCGAUAAGGAUAGCGCUAGUAACAAAAGAAAAACGACACACCACCAGAAAUAGUUCCUCUAAUAAAGACACGACAGCUAAAAUUAUUACUCCAACUAAAAAUAAGGAGCAAGAAAAAACUACGCCGCUCAGGCCGAAGUCUGCUCGCAUUGAAAAAGUAGAAAAAACACCAAACGCAAAAGCAGAGAAAUUAGCCAAUAAAGCUGACAAGACCCCUGUUGCAAAGGCUGAAAAAGUUGAUAAGACACCAAAUUCGAAAGCUGAAAAAGUUGAAAAGACGCCUAACGCAAAAAACGAGAAAAUGGAUAAAACACCUAAUGAUAAACCCACUAAAGAAGGCAGAUCUAGGUCUCAGAAGCGAAGAAAUUCGAGAAGUAGCAGGUCGACCAACAGUACUAGUUCCACAAGAUCGGAAAAAGCCGAAAAGAAAUCUGAAAAGAAUAGUGAAGCUAACUCUAAAGAUAAGAAAGACAAGGAAAGUAGUUCUAAAGACACAGACAUGGACAAAUCGAAAUCAGAGAGUUCGCCUAAACCUUCAGAACUGCAGAGUCCGAAGUCUGUGAAAGAACGGUUGCAAUUCGAUGACGACACGACACUUGCUGUAUUAGCCCGUGAGACUGCGAAGGCACUAGUAACCACUAACAAUACCGGCAUGCCUACCAUCAGCUGUGUUCGAAGCCUUUCCACCACGGCUCAGCUGACCGGCGUCACGAUAACUAAGACUACAACCAACGCGAACACUAUAGAUAUCACAGAAGAGGCUACAUCAGACUCCAGCAUCUUCACCCCAACCAGUACUGAUAACGUGAACACAAUGAAGGACGCCGUGUCAAAACUGCAGAAACUUCGUAGUGACGCAGAACCGGUCGUAGGCCGCGUCGGUGUCCGAGCGUUCGCGAGAAUGACCUCACCAGAAAGACCCGCAAACGAGGAAGUGCAAGUAGAAAUUAAGGCUGAACCUAUCGAUCUGGACGACGCUGACAGGCAUAUGGAAAAAAUGGAUCUUAUGAACGCGUUCCGACUAAGGCCGGUUAACCCACAAAACCUGCCGAAUUCUACGAUGAGUUUACGCGAUGUGCGGAUAAAUAAGGUUGUUGUUACGCCGCUGAACGCUAAGAAGACGCCUCCGAAGCCUGAGAUUCGUCCUCGGGCUAAGAAGACGUUCCCUCAGCCUAAGAAGGCGGACGAGGGUCGCUCGGAGCUGAACAGCAAGAACUCGAUGGUGUACAUUCCGAUACAGCCGCCGAUGACGCAGGCGCCGCUGCGGCUGCCGCGGCCGCAGGUCCCACCGCCUGUAGUCACGGCUGGUCCAAGACCGCCGCCGCUCGUCUCUAAUGCAACGACACUACAAACUAAUGGCAACAACAAUAGCCUAGUGAACACAGUAACAACACCACUAAUGCAAGCAGUCUCCACGGCAGCGACGACAUGCACGACGGCGUCCAGCACGAGUGUGGCCACCGUGCCCACCGUCCAUACCGUGCCGCUGAUGACGUCCGUCAAUGGACAGUGGAUGUUCAGCUUCCAGCCUGUCAUGUCUGUUGGGGCUAUCGAUAGUGGAGCAUCUCCUCCGAUGUUAAAUGGCGUGGCAGAGCGAAGCGGCGCGGCCGCACUGACGUCAUCGACCGGCGCCAUACUACCCGUCACGCAGGCUGGACCUACACCUCCCAUCUCCGUGUAUACCAGGCCUACUGAGAAUACGCUGGGAGAGCCGCCGCGACUGCAGCAGAGGCCGGCGCAGUUCCUGCUGAACCCGCUGGACGUGAGCACGCCGAUCGGCAGCAUGCCCACGCCCUCCACCGCCGGACCCGUCACCGCUAAGCUCAACCAAAAUGCUGUUAAGAUGACAGAUUUCUUCCGCACACUAAUAGAGGACUCAAUAGAGAAGCUAGAGGAGCCGGCGUCGCAGCUGACGUCGCUGCGGCUACAGCUCGAACAGGCGCAGUGGCAGCACAAGCAGGAGAUCGUCGAGGUCAAACAUAAUCAUGAGCUAACGCUGGCGGAGAUGCGCGCGUCGUUCGAGAAGGAGAAGCAGCGCGCCGUCAGCGAGGCGAGGCGGGCCGCGCAGGUCGAGCUCGAGGCCGCCGUCAAGCUCGCCAAGUCCAAGCAGUGGUGCGCAAACUGCAGUCAGGAGGCUCAGUUCUACUGCUGCUGGAACACGUCGUACUGCGACUACCCGUGCCAGCGGGCGCACUGGUCGCAGCACUACAGUCUGUGCCAACAGCGGUCACAGGACAGUAACAACGGUGAACCUCCGAAAUCUCCUGAAAAUAGGCUACAACCUCAACCUGAGAUGCCAGUGUUACAGAAAAGUUCCGCCGCGCCGACCCUCACGGUCGGCGGCAAGCUGGCCUCGCGCGGCUGCAGCCAAGACCCACAUAGCUCGCAGAAAGCUUCUAUUAUUGGUAUGUUGAGCAUGGUAGAAGACACGAGCGGCAACCAGACAAUGAAAUGCGUCGGCACGUACAAACCGCCAUCCACCGGACAGAUGCCCAUCAUCAUCAACAAACAAAUAAUGAAUAACGAAGAGAACGCAAACAAGAAGGUUGUGUCAUCGUCCGGCGGGUACCUCAUCGUGGGCUCCACCACGAACUCCUCCAUCGUGAACCCCGCGCGCCGCACUCACACCAUACAGUACUACACGUGAGACCUGCAGGGCCUCGCGCGGGACAACACCAGGCACCAACCACCUCGCUACUCGGCCAACAAGGAAACUGACACUCACUGGUGACACCAUUACUGCCACGAACACCCUUGCGGAGGUAAACGCAGUGACGGAUUUAACAAGAAAAAAAUAUUGCGGGGUCUUUCGCUCCUAUAAAAAACAUUACUAAGAAAGGUAACUGUCUGCGCGAGGUCCUAACAAUAUUAAUACUCUUGCGUCCUACUCUUCCUGUGUCCAGAGUUACAGCUCAUGCCUUCUGAAAUAAACUGAAUAUAAGUAAUUCGAAUCGUACAAAUUAAAAAGCAUGCAUGCAUAGUUUUCAAAUAUUGUUGGUACGAAAAUGAUGUUGUUGGUUAACUCUCAAGACAAAUGUAGUGUCGGUCUUGGUCGCUAGCAAUAAUUUACUCAAAGUAAUCUGUUUGUACAAAACAUGGUGAUCGCGUAGUUAUUAUGCCUUUAACUUAUGGGAACUAAUUCUAAACAGACGUUAUCCUAAGUAUACAAUAUUCUAAACGAGUGAUAAGCAAGCCGCGUGUUGUUUUGCGUUGGCCGUGAUGAACAUAAACUGCCGGUCUUCUAUUAGAAGUUAAAUGUACAUAGUUUACAUAUUAAUUUCACAGGUCUAAGCUAGCGCAUACAAAUAGUUUCUACUUGUGUAAUGUGGCAUGAAUUGUAUGAUGUGAAAUAUUCAAUAAUCGCAAUAUUCUAGUAAGUAAACUUUUUAGCAGUUGCGCUUUGUAGUAUGUGGAAAUUUUAAAAACUUGUAGUCCGAUACAUGAUAUAGGCUGCAAAAUAUCUAUGUUCUUUUAUAACAGUAUUUUCUAUAGUUUUGUUUCACUGAAAAACUUCAAAGUAUGCGCUAGGCAGCCGUUUUAUUAGUCUUUGGCUAGAUUUUAAUUUCUAAAUUAAAUUGUGAUUGUACGAGAAUGUCGUAACCCAAUAGAACCUAUUUUUAUUAUGAUUUUUGAGCUAGUCUCUCUUGAGUCCCUUUUUAAUUGAAUAGUCAAGAUAUUAUAAUAUUUGAAGUGAAAUUGCCGUUCAUUUCAUGGCAUUGGCGUAAAUUAGGGCUAUUAAAAUAUAUUUUCUGAUUAGUUAUAUUAGACUGUCAAAUAAUGGUGAUGCUGAUUGUAAACAGCAUGUUUUAACUCAGUAUAUUACCCUCCUUUAUGUUGUCUCUUCACGAAAAAACUCUUAUGAGCAUAUUUAUUUAGCUCUAAGUAGGAUGUAAAGGAAGUCCUUCAAACCUCUUUUUAUGUAAAUAGUGUAAAUUGAAUGAUAGUAUGUUCUGAUAAAAUUUGUUAUAAUUAUGUGUAUAGCAACAGUGCUACGGUGAAUCUAAUGAUGAUAUUUGAUAUGAUGUAAUUCAACACAACUGGAACUUUGCUGUGAACAUUGUUAAGGCGUGUUAUAAAUAAGUGAAAGUAUAGAAUGUCUUAGGCCAAGAAAUAGGUAUGAUUAUAAGUACCUAAUGUGCUAAAACAGCAACGAGUGUCAAGCUAAAUUGCAGUGAAAUAAUUCUUUGCCUCAACAACAUAAAUCUUCAAAUUUAUUUAUACAUAUUAUGAAAGUAGUAAGUACUUUUUCUUUUAUAUCUUCUCGUGAAAUAUAUUUUAUCAUUUAUAGUAGCAGCAGCCUUUUACUUGAUUGUAGAGAUUGCCGCUCAAGUCGCAGGUAUUGUUUCUGAUCAUAAAGCUGUACAAAGUCCAUCGCAAUGCGUUCGAGACUACCGUAUUGUUCACGAUAACGAUAAUUUUAAGACUGUUAAUAUUAAGUUCACUUGUAAUGUGCAUUUUAGUUAUUCAAUACUGAGAUAAUGUCUUCGUUUGUUUAAUCGUGUUUGUAUAUAGUUUGUUUUUAACUACAGUGGCAAUCCAAACACGCAAUACAUAGGUUGCAUUUUACUUGAAAGGUUGAUUGAAAAACUUAUCCACUUUUCUUAAAGUGGCCAGAGGUGUGUUCAGGUUUUCUAUCUACAUUUUACAUAAAAUGCUACUCAUGUUGGAUUAAGCUUAUUUUAUUUAACAUGCACUUCAAUACAAUUUCAAUUAUUUACUUAGCAUUUCAGAAUAAACCUCUUUUCUGAUAACAGAAAUAGAUUACUUCGAAUGUCGAGUGAAAACUUCGUUUGUAAAUAGUAAGGUUACGUUACUAUUAAGAGCUUUUAGUACAUAAUGGUACCUACGAAACUGUUUCAUUCAAUAAACAAAUAAUGAAACCGG